UAUGUUUGUUAAGGAUACAUUCUUACUUGUUUCUUGUUUAGGAUCGGUGUCUGUGAGUCUGGAUCAGCAGCAGGCAUCGUUCAGCAGAAGUGAUUUUCGCUUGAAUAAUGGACGCCAUUGGUGCAGGAGUGGAAUUGCCCAGGAGGAAGAUUCUUCGGCCAAAAAGGUUCCGGGAUGGAGGGGAGCAGGGGGAGUUGUUGUUAGGAACCACGCGGAAGAGGAAGAUGAGGUAUCUUUUGCAGGAGGAGAGGGACACCAAAUGUCCGGUGCAGGGAAGGGUUGGCAAGGUAGUGAGGAGAAACGGUGCGACGCCGCAGGAUUGCGGAAGAUUUCCAGAUGACGGCAGAGGGGGUACGGAAGGUGGCGAGGAACAAGGGGAGUGCGCGGUAAGUGCAGCGGAACAAGGGAGGGGGUUCGGAGGCCCGCGAGGGGGGGGAAUAGGCCGGAAGAAGGCUGCCACUGCCACCAACGCAAACCACGAAAGGGUCCAAAGGGGGGGAGUAAGGGAUUUGGGUAGCGAUCAGACCACAACGGGAGAUGCAGGAAGGGGGACAUUGGGGGUAUCUGAACGCUGGGUAAAGAAGUCCACAGCCACCGAGACAGAAGGAGGGAGAGAGUGCAGCACAGAAAGUGGAGAGGAGUUGGAUGAGGAAUCGAACGAAGGUGAGUGGGGCAUGGAGGCCGAUCCUGUCCCUAGGGGGGGCGGUUGCGGGCAAAGCUGGGCAAGGGGGGGUUGCAAUACACAACUGAGAGGUAAUGGCCAUCCGAGAUACGUGCAGGACGCUUUGAGACCCAGGUAUGGGGGUGGUCUGCAAGGUUGGGAGUACAAUGGCUAUGAGGAUGAUUUUUAUGAGGAUGCUUAUUGUGAUGGGGACUAUUGUGAAGAGGGUGAUGGUUGUAGUUAUGAUCUGAGGAAGGUGCAUAGGCUUUGGCAAAGGAGGCCUAGGUGGAUGGACCAACAAGAUAACAUGUACAGUCAUAAUUUUGGUUGUGCAAGUUUCUUUUUCAGGAAUAGGGAGGAGGAGGAGAGUUGGAGACAAUGGAGAAAGGAGAGGAUGGGACAGCAGAUGGGAGACGGGAGUCGGAUUGGAAAUCAGCAGGCAGCCACUUCAUCUGCAUCUCAUACGGUGGGGGAGGAGAGGAAUGCUGGAGUGUACAUGCAAGAGGCUGCAACUGAGUUGGGAUCUCUAGAUGUGUUGGCUAAUCAGGAUUCAGACUCUGAUACAUCUGAUAGCGAGACGGAAGGGGGAAAGAUUUUAGCAUUAAUUAAGAAAUAUUUUAAGGACGGUAAGGGAAAAGAAGGUGUUAGGAAGAGAGGAAAGAAGGGGGGUCAGCUGUUGCUACCGUUAGGGGCGGCGGAUACUUAUGCGUGUGCUUUGACAGAGACUGCAGCUCAUUUGCCUAAGAAAUUAAGGAAAUCAAUUGAAACAGAUAAAUUUGUGGAUGUGUAUGAACUAACAAGGGAAGCAGUUCAGGCAAAAGAAGAUGGUGUUAAGACUGAGAAGGAAGGUGAGCUGAUCCAGUUGUGAAGACGGUGCUCCAGGGUCAUUGCGACCGAUCGCCAAGAAGGGGUCAGGAAGGAAUUUUCCUCGUAGCGCUAAUUGGCCGAAAAGUGCUAGAGUUUUCGCCUUCCUCUGGAGUACCAUUUUCUGUGGUGGUCAAAGGCACUGAGUGAUUCAGCUGCGGCUCGGCAGUGCGGCUCUGAGAGCAUGAGUUGGUUGAAGCGCAGGCCUACCUUUAGUGAGUCACUAGUGUACAUCAGACUUUGACUGCACGGUCUUCUCUGAUGCAUGCAAGAGACUGGUUAGCGCCAUUUAUGCACAACGAGGGAGCAGGGGGAUGGGCUUAAGAAAGCGAUCACUGAGUGCGCGCGGCCCUAUGAUCCCUGCUCUAAUUUCUUCAUGGUAAAUUUUUUGGGCAUUGCGCCCACGUUGGGUAGGGGGAUGGGCUUAAGAAAGCGAUCACUGAGUGCGCGUGGCCCUAUGAUCCCUGCUCUAAUUUCUUCUUGGUAAGUUUUUGGGCAUUGCGCCCACGUUGGUUUUUUGGAUACACAAUAGUUUUGUGUUUGGAAAAUAAGAGCCGCAGCUGGGGUCAGGGUGUACCUAUAUAUAUUUUUUUUAUGGUUUGAAUUAAUAAAAGCCUGUGACCUCCACAGAAUUUGCCACA